AUGACCACCACCCUCGAACGCAGCCUCUCUCGCACCUCGAGCAUGUCGAUACCUGUCUCGAGCCCUAGACUUUCUCUCAUACAUGAAACAACUCCCCCCGUCUACUCCGAUCCCACCCUGUCUCACAUCCACGACCGCUUAACUUAUCUCGAUUCCCGCCUUCUGGAACUCCGAUCCAGUGUCUUGACAAAGGAUGGCUACGUCGACAGACGCAACCGCGAAGACGAACACAUUCGACGAGAAUUUGAAGCCAACCGCUCCGUGUCGAACCGUAUCGAUCUGAACGUGGUCGCCUUGAAGACGGACGUUGACCAGUUGAAGUCGGGAAUCUCGCAGCUCAAAUCCAGCAUUGGCCAGACCGGCAACGAGACCGUCUUCCUUCGCAGUGACGUCGACCGCUUGUCCAAGAACGUAGAUCAAAUCCAGUCUGAUGUGGAACAUCUGCAAACCGACGUUUGUGAAUGUCGCGUUGAGAUCAGCAAACUGCACGCGACAAUCAGCCAACUGCGCACCGAUCUGAUCACUCUUCAACAUGAAAUGUCUCGGCAUCUCACGUCAGUCUUUAACCGUUUCUCUCUCAUCGAGUCCCGCAUGAAGCAUUCGGAACGUGUUCGAUUCAACUCGUUGGCCCAUACCACCCAUGCCCCGAUCACCCCUGUGCCUGUUGUGGAAGACGACGGUUCACUGCAGUGGCCCGAAUACUUUCCUCGUACUGUGUGGCGGUUCUGGUGCUUGAAGAAAAGAAGUAGGAUCAACCGUUUGGUACAAUUAGCCGACUUCUACCAGCUUGGAGGAUAUGAAUACUGGGGCCGCAUGCACCAGACAGACCCCGUUUUUGCGACCGCUACCGAUAGUGAUUCCAGCGACUCCAGUGAAUAUCCGUCAACCCUCACGCGCGCUGAGGCUGUCCGUUUGUAUCCUGAGGCUGCGCACCAGGCUCUAGCAGCAACGCUGGGGCUUGUGUAUUACAAGAUCCGCAACGAAGUUGGAGAAGGACCGACCCUGCACAUUCGUCCACCGAAGCGGCAGCAGGAAGAGGUGGCUUCAGCCGCAUCCAGUGCGAAGGAAAAGCCGGUGAAGAUGCCUCGCCGGCCAAACAACCUGUCGCCUACCACUUUGAAACGACUUAUUGACGGACCAUCUCUUGAGGCCAAGUCUCUUACGUCUGAAGAAUCAGACAAAUUGGGCUGGAAUGCUCACUCGGAAGUAUCCGACGAUGCGAUGAGCAAGCUCAGAGGAAUCGUGUCGGAGGAAGUUGGUACCUUGCUUCGAGCGCUCGAGCGCGGCCGAAUCAAACUCAGGUCGACUCGUCCUGAGCAGCGGUCGAAUGUCUCGCCCUCGGAUUACAAGGCCAGCUUCCGCAAUGGCAAAGUCGCCGAUGACGAACGAACCAUUCCCGAUACUAUUGCUACGGAGGUUGUCUCCGUCUCAUCGGGUGUUCCCGAGAAGGUCGAAGAGCCGGAGCUUCCGGAUACUGCAUCUGAUGCUACCAGUCCUUUGACUGGCAUCGAGACUUGA